GGUGCACUGAUGCGGAGAAUUCGUCUUGUCAUCGUGGAUGAAGAAGCGUCAUCGCGAAACGGGGAAACCGUUCAAGAUUUAGAUUCAAAUGACCAUUUCUGCUUGAACUAUCGAGAUCGUAGGUGUUCCGACGAAGCCCCGAGGUAUCACAAACUGUCGCUAUGUCUGCUGAGAGAAAGCCAUUCCGAGUGAUAAUGUGGUGCGUUCCACGGUCUAUAUCAACAGCACUGACAAAGUGUUUCAGCUGGAUUGAUAAUACAAAGAUAUGGUUUGAACCUUACUGCCUAGCCUUCAUUCAAGACUACGCCAUGAAGUCUAUGGGUGUUACGUUGCCAGCCAAAGCUGCCGACCUUAGUCCAGAUUUCGUCUCACAGCUAAACGCUGCUACGAAAGGAACUCCUCUGGAAAACAGACUGAAACCAGAGGUGAUGGAUCUAUCAAUAUUACUACGAGAUGGGGUUCGGGAACAGCUGGAUUCCUUACCUGAUGACCAAUCAGUCUUUGUGAAAGACAUGGCGUACGGAGUCACCAACUUCCUGGACCUUCUCCCGAGCAAAGAAUCGGGCUUCAAACACACUUUCCUAAUCCGUGACCCGGAAAGAGUUUUCCCGUCCUGGAGGAACCUCCUUAUGGCUCAGAUGAAGAGACUUCCACUUCCGGGUCAGAAGCCUAUAGACGAGUCAACCUUCGAUAUGACCACAGAUCCUGGUUUCAUGAUGCCUGGAUACACCUACAAGUGCCAGUACGACCUCUGGCGGCACGUCAAAGAACACUUUGACCCGGAACCAGUAGUGAUUGAUAUUGAUGAGCUGGUGGCCAACCCCAAGCAACUCCUACCGAAGUAUUUUGAAGCUUGUGGAAUGCCUUGGGAUGAGAGUCUCUUAUCCUGGGACGCGAGCCCAGCGGUAGCCCGGGAAUGGAGGACUCUGUACCCAAUGGGUUUUGGUGAGAGCGUGACCUAUCAGAGAGCGUUGGCGUCGACUUCUUUUCAACCGUCCCGACCUAAACUGCAACGGUCGGACAUGACACCUGAUGCAAUCAAGGCAAUCGACGAAACUGCGGACUUCUACAAGGAAAUGGCGGCAAGUCGAAUCACUGUGGAUUAAACUAUCAGACCCUCUAAAACGUGGUCUACUAAACCUGCAGGAGAUUGAACAUACAUCUUUGACCAUCCAGUAUAAUACUUAAUGUGCUAUUUAAAAGUGGCGCCUCUUGUGAAUUCAGCGCCAUAUUUUAAUACAAAUAUUUUCUUUUUGUGUAUAUUCCAGACUUCACCAUGUUCCUUGUCGAUGUUUAAGAGGUCGAAAUAUGCCACGGGGAGGGGGGGCUACAGACGUAUGUCGAGACACCAAUUUUCAGCUUAAAUUUACGUUCCAGAGCAUCACCAAUAUUUAUACGAAGCCAUGGAAAUUCCUAUUUUUCCUCGUUCCGAAGACUCAAAAUAAUUUGUCGUUCCAGUGCCUGCUCAUCCUCAGCGUGCUGCGCUGAGGAUGAGCAGGCACUGGAACGACAAAUUAUUUUUUUGCCGAAUUUCCAUUUACCCCAUGCGUUCAAAUAUCGUGUCACCUAUUGGGUUUUUGAUCGUAGAGCAGUUCCGGAGACCCUCAUUUUAAGACCAAAGUUUAGUUCCAGAGCCCAAUGUUUUCGUUUUGAUGAGGCACAUAGGUAUCAUUUUAAUUCGAGUACCCCCUCCCCAGGAUGCCACCUUUCUGCUUCAUUUAUCGAUUGUUAUUGCUAUUUAGUUAUUUCAAGUGUAAUAAUUAUGAUACUUAUUUUGUUAUUGCAUUGAAUUAAUCAUUUUGAUCAUAAUGUAUGUUUCUGAUGUAUGAAAUAAACGAAAAGAAAAGAAAUU